UUUGGAGUUCUCAAUUUGCCGCCGCCAAGAUGAGUACGUCGUUGGCGUCCCAGUUGAAUGCACUCAAGGUGCAUGCGACGUCUGCUCCUUCUCAGAGGAAGCUCGCGUCCUUUCUUCAUGAGCCGAAGGUGGCAUCGAAGAUCGACAUCCGCACCACAUAUGAACACGCGAAGCAGGCGCUCGACCACUUGUGCGGCAUGGACGGUAGUUUGGAUGUGUUCCACACAACGUUGCUGCAUCCGAGCAAAGUGCAAGCGCAGUUUAAUCGCGCACUUCUCACAAAGGACGAGAACGCCGCCGUCGACGUCGACUUGGGCCUGCUCCUUGACGCGCUGUCGCCGUACUUUCUCCUCCCGCCCACGCACCAACUCCUCGAGUACCUCAUUCGACGGUACGAGAUUCACACGUGGAACGUUGAACAGAUCCUGGGCGCCACCUUGUGCUACCAUGAGAGUCCCGUGUUUGCACGGCUUGUCACCAUCUGCGACCUCAACAAGUACCCGCGGUGGGCAUUCCUGGAAGCAGUCAAAGUCAACAACGUGCCUCUGCUUCGCGCGAACCUGGCCAAGCGAUGCUUCACCGACCCGUCCAUCGUGCGCUUCAUCUACGACGCGGGUCGUCGCAUCGGGGCCAAGAACCCCAAACUCAUGGCGCUGUAUACAUUGUUGGCGAUGGAAGUGCUGGAUAAGUCCAAGAUCAGCGACCAAAUCCUGCGCUGGGUCCUGCCAAACGUGUUGGACGGCCUCCGAGACCGCACCUUCCCCGAGCACCAGCUGUCGUCGUACAUGGUUGCCACCAAGUUGACGUCGAAAGCCGUGCUGGCGCACGCCGCCCGCACCCAGAUCGUGUCGGCCAUCGCCAAGACGGCGCUUGCACACGCUCAGCUGGAUGCAUUGCUCUGCCUAGUCAGCGUCGUGCAGGCGCAGCCGUUCGAAGCGCUUCCCAUCGACGUGGUCAAGCACCUGUUAAACUACACAGACGUCCCGCAGCUGCUUCGGGACGCUACGGACGCGUACGACACGCGCAAGUUCCUGACGUUGUUCUUUGCCGGCAUGGUGUCACUUCUUGUGGACAGUGCGAAGACAUCAACGAACCAGGCUGAAACAACAGUAGAAACCACCUUGUUUGCCAUCCUCGCUGAGCUCGGUCCAGACUCUGCCACGUUAUUUGUAGCUCCGAUCGUAGGCCACGUGCUCAAGAGUGCUAGAGUUGCCGCGUCCUCCAAGGACAAAAACGCUGUCGCUGUAGUCCUGCAGCGCGUCCUGGUUCGGCUGAGCAAGCGGUUUGCCGAGCAAUUGGACGCUGGCUUGCACGCGUUGUUGUCUGCCGACGACGACGACGAAGCCAGUGCUGCGUUUUACAUUGAGUUUGUAGGCCGCACGUUCGACGGCACCACCGCCGCCGUGCACGUUCCGUUGGCGCAAAGUGGUCUGUCUCUGCUGUUGUCGCUGGACCACCCGAACGCCGACAUCCGACUGCACGCUGUUACAGCUGUGAAAGCCAUGAACGACUCGUUCGAUGAAGUGGACGCGCUCCUCCGCCGCCUCAACGACGACUCCCCUGCAGUGGUGCUGCAGGUGCUCCAGCUCAACGUGUUGCUGGUCAAGGCGACCCCCCUGGCGCUGGUGGAGGCGGUGGCGCACGCCGUAUCGCAGCGGUUCGCCGAUCCCCAGUUCAAAGUGGCCGUGCCUGCGCUUGUGGGGUUUGCUACGGGUCCGCUGCUGACCAAGUACCCCAAAACCCCCCGCUUGACGCCGAUUGUGCUCGACAUGCUGCUGCAAUUCGCCCCGACCUCGGACUGGCUAGAGCCAUCGACUUCGUCCGAGUCGGUGAUUCCGUUUGAUGCGUGGGUACAACACCUGAAGAAGCUCCAUCAUCCGUUUGGUCAGGCUUUGAAAGCCCCGAAAGACUUGAGCGCAGUCGUCCAAGCGUGGGGCAAGGUCCUUACCGACGACCUCGUCGACACCGUCGCGGCGUGGACGGCCCCCGCACCCUUUCGCCACGUCCGCCUGCCGUACUUGGCCCUGCAAGUAUUUUUCCACAGUCCUAAGAAGCAAUCGGGACGGCAAUUUCUGCCACUGGCACGCACCGAAUGGACGUUGCUCAACAACUCGCCAGCCAAAGUGGACCUGGCCAUCCACCGCCCCGCCAUUUUGCACGUGAUUGAGAUGAUCUGCGCCAGCAUGACCGCAAGCCCCGCCGACGAGGGCACGGCCUACGACGACGCGCUACACCUGCUACUGCACUCGUCGUCGCGAUUCUUCACCCUCGUGCAGCCGUAUCUCCACGACAAGCUGGCCAAACACAACUGGACGACGCUGCUGCACAGCCUCUGUCGCGUCGCCUCCUCUCGCGCCGACACGCAAGCCACAGCGGCGGUCCGCAGCAUCACGCUGGUGUCAGUUAUGCUCGAGUGCCAUGGGUCGACCGCGAUCAAGUUGAACGACUUGCAUCAGGUGCUCACGACGGUGCUGCUGUCGCUGAAUUCAUCCGACGCGGCGGUGCGCAAGGUCGGAGUGCAAACACUCAAACCACUCGCCAAGGUGUCGGUCGACAAGCAGGACAAGGCCGCGCUAGCCACGUACCACAAAGCGAUGGCGGCGCUCACCCAGGCCAAAACGGAGCUCGUGAUGGACAGCCAGCACCUCCCGACGCUUUUGGCCACCCUUCUGGACGGCAACAAACUCGACGCCGGAUGGACUAAGCAAGUGCUGGCCACGGUGCUCGUCAAGGGCGCCGAUGGCGGUGCGAUCCCCGCGCCCCUUCAACGCCGGGCGCGUCAAGUGCUGGAGGUGUUUGCCAAGGUGCAACUGCCGGCGCUGUGGGAGUCCGCGGUCGGCUGGUUCACGCACCGCUUGCCACUGGCUGCCCAGGCGAGCUGCUCUGAUGCGGAAACUGCUAUUUUGAACCACUUGCUCGGUCACUUUUUGACGACGUGGGCCACGAGUAAGGUGCCCAAGGCGGUCGUGGACGCCGUAGUGCUGACGUUGGCGACGCCGACGGGAGUGUCGGCGCUCCACAAGCACGUGGCGGCCACCAUGCCUGCGACAUGGUUUGCCAGUGUGGGGUCUGCCACGCAGAGUACGAUCGUGGCUCAUCUCGUGGCUCUCAUGCGAUCCGGGGAAGAGUUGAGUGAAAUCUCGAGUCAGCUCGUGCCUAGGCUGCAAGUGUCGGCGGAUAUUGUGGCCAAAUUGCUGCAGCACCAAAAGUCGCCCCACUGGGUGGCCGACGUGACGUGCGUCCUCGAAGUGCUUCCGGCGUGGCUGCCGCGGUACUCUGCGACAGAGUUGGAGAACCUCCUCACACCCCUGCAGCACAUUGUCGCACACUUCAGCCAAGACAAGGUGUCUGAGUACAGCGUGCAGAUGGUGCUCACGGUGCUGCACCAGACGUGCCGCCUCUUGCCGCCCGCUGCCAAGCACCCGUCCAAGAAGCACGCCGCCGCCACGACCACGUCUCAUGCCAAGGUCCUUGUGGAGCUGACGAUGGAAGUAGUUGAAGUCACCACUUCCCCCCAGACCCGCAACGCCGCGCUCCUGCUCGUAUCGGCGCUUGUUGAUCUGUACCCCGCCCAAGUGCUCACGUCGCUCGUGCCCAUCUUGAGCCAUGCGUCGCACCUUCACAUGGACGAGUACUCGUUCCAUGUGCUCCGGGAGAUUGUCCAGCACGCCGUGCCAUACGUGGCCAAACCAUCGAGCCCCAUCUCGAUCCAGCAGUUCCUCCAGACGUUUGUCGACGCAUUUGGGUCCAUCCCGGCCGCGCGCCGACUGGAUCUCUUCCACGUGGUCCUGGCCAGCUUGGAUCUUCAAAAUGCUAACGCUCUCGGCAUGACCAUCGCCCUCUUGCUCUUGACCCCCUCGACCGACGCACAGCACCCCCACGCUGCAUUCUGCCACGAACUGGCCCAACUGUUUCCCCCCGAGGCCCAGAUGCAAGCCCUCGUCUUCCUCGUCCACUCGACCAGCCACCUCCAAGACGACACGGACCCUGGCAAGUCGGACACCUCGGUGCUCAACGUCCAGGGCCUGUCCGAUGCGAAACUAGCCGCCACGACCGCCGCGUGGCUGUCGUUCGUGCCGCACCACCUCGAACGCAAGCGCCUCCACGCGCAAAUCUUGGACAAGCAGCACGGAGACAACGGGACGCUCCAAGAAGCGUACCUCCUGCUCGCCCAAGCGCUGCUCUUGUACCUGCGCCGGGGAAGCGACGACGCCCUCGGCGGGUUCGCCCUGGACGGGAUGCACAACCUCCAGCGCCUUCUCACGGCCCCUGGCUUUGUGGCUGUGAUUGGCGAGCUGCUGCACCACGAAGACAGCGUGAUCCGGCGGCGGGCGCUGCAGCUCCUGAACGAACGCAUUGAGGCGCACCAGGACUCGCUGACGACGGAAGAGGAGCUUUUGUUUGUCGACAUGCUUGCCGACCUCACCGAAGUGCUGGGCGACGUCCAAGCUGCUUUGGUCUCUGAUUUGCAGAUGGCGCUGCUGUCUGUGGACGUGCUCACGCGGUUCUUUGCCAAGAAACACCCCAAGACGUUCCAGGCCAUCCUGCCCACCGUCAUCGCAUGCACCACGCACACAAACGGCCACGUGUCUGGCAGUGCGUUCGUGUGCCUGUCCAACUUGACCCUCGCGCUCGGCGCUGCAGUGUUUCCCCAUGUCCCGACCUUCUUUCCCACGCUGCUCUCGGCGCUCGAACAAGUGUCCUCCCAUCGUCGGUCCGGUCACUCUACCGACCAAGCCGACGACUCCUCCAACACGCUGCAGCACUGCGGCAUGGUUGCCCUGCGCAACUUGACGGCGAAAAUCCCCCAGUUUCUGGCCCCAUACCUGAACCGCAUGCUGGCGCUGCUGUUCCAGCCGUCGUUGCAUCCGCAAAUCCAAGUGACCGCGCAAGCUACGUUGGUGUCGCUGGCCCACGGCAUGGAGCUGCGAAACUUGCUGCCGGCGUUGCUCGAGCUAUACCCGAGUUGCUGCCGCCACGGCAACGACUCGCUCCUCCAGCUGUUUGACCUCGUCGCCACCAUCGUCGGCGGCAUGGACCGCUUGGCGGUCAAGACCCACCUGAGCGGAUGGAUGCGCUUCUUCCUCAUGGCCAUGGACGUCCGCCGCACGCAUCCGUUGCUGUCGGUAGAAGUGGAAGACAAACUCCGCCACGCGAUCGUACAACUGGUGCUGAAACUGAGCGAGAAGCAGCUCAAGCCCCUCUUCCUCAAGUUUGUCGCGUGGGUGGACGUGGUCCUCCCGGGGCACCAAGGCCCGUCGCUCCCCCGUCAAGCCGUGUUUUACCGCCUGGUCGGACAGCUCAGCGCUCAACUGCGCAGCAUUUUCGUGCCGUAUUACGCGCAUAUUUUGCCGCAAUGUGCGUCCAUCGUGGCGUGGGGGCCGACGUUGAGCUCGUCGUUCUCGACUGCUCAUGACGAGGAAGACGAUGGCUUUUUCAAGCGACCCGCCAAGAAGCAAAAGGUCGCCAAGGAGGUGGAGGACGAUACCAGCAGCUUGAAGGCCACGGUGGCCGAGUUCGUGGUGCAGGCGUUGGUUGGAUGCUUCUCCCACGACUCGGAAGGGUUUAUGGACAAGGAAAAGUUUGACGAGAUCAUGCCUGGCCUGGUGGACUUGCUGGAUGUGGCAGAGUCCCAGCCGACCCUCGUGAGUCACGCGGUGACGGCGCUGGCGCAGCUGGCGUGGGCCGCCAAAAGCGAUCUGCUGUGGAAGCCAAUGCACCAUCGCAUUCUGAUGAAGAGCCGCAGCGACAGCGCUGGCGUCCGGUUGGCGGCGCUGCGAGCCAUCGAGCAGUGCUACACCGUCGUGGGCGAAGAGUUCUUGGCCAUGCUGCCGGAAAGCAUCCCGUUCUUGGCCGAGUUGCUUGAAGACACGGACGCAACCGUCGAAACGUUGUGCCACCAAGUGAUCAAGCAGAUCGAAGACAUUUCUGGAGAAAGUUUGGACCAGUAUUUGACCGCGUAGUGUCCCCGUUAACCUUAUUUUAAAUAGAUUCCAUGCACAAGUACAA